UCACUUUUUUAAUUCCCAAGAAACAAGUUUGAAAAUGGAACCAUCGACAAAUUCAAUGAUUCUUGUAGCUCAAAGUAAGUCAAAUUUUACGCUGGCCGCGUUUGAUCAAGUAAAUCCGUUUAGCCAAGACGAGAACAUGAUAUUGGGAUGUUUUUCCGGUACAAAUGAACAAACACAAACGUCAUUGACAGUCUUUGGAAAUCCUAGUGGAACGACUGAAGUGGCAAAACGGCGUAAAAGAGGGUUUUUUGACUGGAUAGGCAAAGCGGUUAAAUCGGUAGCUAAUACAGUGGUAAACGCUGUAAAAGACACAGUAAAAGGCGUCGUUGACACAGCAAAAGGAGUUGUGAAGGCUGUAGAUAAAGUAGUCAAAGGUGAUUUAAAAGGGGCAAAAAAUGCUAUUACUAAUAUACCCAUAGUGAAAGACAUAAAGAAUGCGGUAGAAUUUGGUGGGGCCGUUAUUACUGGAGACUGGGACACCGCGAAAGAGAAAGGAAUUGAUUUAUUGGGAUCGUCUCUGGUUGAUGUCGGUCUUACUGUUAUAGCGCCGGGUGUAGGAAAAAUCAUUGGUACAGGGUUAAAAUCCAUAGCUAAAGGGUCCAAGACGGCCGUUAAGAAUAUAAAAAAACAAUCCGAUAAGGUAGAACAUACAAUUAAACCAAAACAAAACAAUAUAAAUGAAGAAAACAAAAAUGGAAAACUGAAACCUAAAGACAAAGAUAAGAAAAAAGAAGACGUCGACCGUUGUGAGAGUCGACGCACGCGGACAACUAGCUCACAAAAAGGAAAGCAUAGUUGUAAACGAGCCGAGUGUGACGCGCCAAAGGGUGUUCGUUUUUCUUUGACAGAGUCAUUUGAAAGUUGUAGCAAAAAACAAGUUGGAUCUAAAUGUCAUUACGAGUGUAAGGUGGGAUAUGAAGAAAAAGGCCCGAGUGCAACGUGCACCAAGAAAACAAAUCAAAUGACCGCGUGGGAUCCUCAACCAGAAUGUUCCUUGUAUAAGUGUAGUGAUACUAUGUUCCCCAUAAUUGCUGUGAAAACUCCAAAGAUCGAAAGUCUUACUUCAAUUCCGACAAGUAAAUAUAUAGUCGUGUAUGUAGUUAUGUUCGACAAAUCACGAAAAAUACCAGUGUGGUCAGUAGCUUUACACCAAAGUAACCAAUUCCAAUCCAAAAGCUACAAUGACGCCAAAGACGUUGGUCGAAAAAGUUUCUUUAGGUAUCCGUGCACUGCUUUACUUCAACAUCAGGCUGUUGGUAGCGAUUAUAGCAAUUCUGGAUGGGAUCAAGGUCAUUUGACUCCUGCAAAUAUAGCUCGAUGGUCUGAAAAAGCUUCGAAAAGUACAUUUUCAUUCAUAAAUAUAGCCCCUCAGGUACCGUAUAUAAACGAACAUCCCUGGCAAAAAUUAGAAUUUCAUGUGGAGUGUUUUAGUACGAGACGUCGUACCCUCGUCGUUACUGGUGUUUGCAAAGAAUCGUUAGGUUUGAAAAUCGGAAAAAAAAAAAUUGAUGUCCCCAAGUGUUUUUGGAAAAUGUUGUGCUAUAAAGAUGAAAAAAAUAAAGAGCAAGUCGUGGGUUUCAUCGGGGAUAAUUCACUCAUAAAACCCAGUACGAUAGCCGACAGAGAAAAAGACAUAUUCACUGCAAGAUCACAAUCGGAAAUUGAAAAACUAUACGACAGUACAUUGGGCAAUCCGUGGGUCAAGUCGAUUGAAGUGACGGCUGGUCGAGAAGUCGGUAUUAAUCCUGGAUUUGACAACGAUGCAGAUUCAGGGACGAUAUGGCUGCCGGUGAACGUGUUCGACUGUAUGAACGUUAAAACAAUUGACGAUCACGAGAAAAAAGGAUGGGAAGAUAAAUUAAUGAGUAAAAAGAGAAAGCAAAAACGAGAUAUUUCAGAUCGAUUUUCUAGGGGCUGUACACCGUCGGAACUAGACGAGAAACAAGAACUGUUCGAUCUAAUCAAAAAACGUCAAGCCGCAGUAGUGGGCGACUCGGCGGAUGAUGACGACAAUGAUUUGGAGGACCAUAAUUCACCUCCGAGUGGUAAUGUCGAGGUGUCAGUACAAAACUGUGGUAAACGAAUUAUCGGGUAUUACACUUCGUGGGGAUUAAAGAAGAUAAGGAGCGAUGCGUUGGCCAAGCUGACGCACGUAAUUUAUGCUUUUUUGGAAAUUCGCGCCGACGGCACCGUCGACCUGGGAUCACCGGACAUAGCACACAGUCCUAACGUAGAAGAAGAAACUGCCAAAGCACGAAGUAGGCUGGAGCAUCUCAUGAACUUGGCCAAGUUCUACCCACAUGUAAAAGUCAUGUUUGCCGUUGGAGGAUGGGAAAAUUCUCAGUAUUUUAGUAGAAUUGCCGCGUCAUCCGAUAGCAGGGUGAGGUUUAUCGCUUCUGUUGUUAAACUCAUAGAAAAAUUCGGUUUCGAUGGGGUGGACAUUGACUGGGAGUAUCCAGUGACCGGUGGAGCCGUAGAAGGUGUGCCACAAGACAAAACUAAUUACGUUCUUCUCAUGAAAGACUUACGACAGGCUCUGGACGUUUUUGCGGCGGACGCAGGUCGUAAAAACAAAUUUCUCAUAUCUUUUGCCGGAGCUGCUGGACAAUGGACACUGGAUCCAGGUUUUGAUUUGCCAGGAUUGCUACAGUACGCAGAUUUCGUGAACGUAAUGACCUAUGAUUUCUUCGGCGCUUGGUCAAGUAAAUGGGGCGCGUACACGGGACCUCCAGCACCACUGUAUUUUGGAAUGCCACCUAGGUUUUCUGGCAAAACCAACGUGGACUGGACCAUUAAAUAUUACACUUGCAAAUCCAAACUUCCUCAUAAAAUCAACAUGGGUAUUCCGUUUUAUGGUCGGUUUUGGAAUAACGUCGGUGACUCUGUGGAUGGGAAGGACCAGAUGUGGCGAACGGCAAACGCGGUAAACGGUGUUUUCCAGGGUGGUUAUACACCGUGGUUCAAGAUAAAAAAAGACCAUUUGUCGGACCAACGUUUCGAACAGAGCUUUCAUGAAAAGAGUAAAUCACCGUACGCUUGGAACGCAGCCACUAAAGUAUUUUUGGGUUACGAAAAUAAGAAGUCUUUAGAGUAUAAAGUCAAGUAUGCGGCCGAAAAAAAUGUAGGUGGUUUGAUGAUUUGGUCUGUAGAUUUGGAUGAUGACGAUCUCACACUUUUGAACACUGUAUAUACCGCACCCUUAUGUGACAAAACGAAUCCUAAUGACAUAAAUCAUAAAUGUUCACCAAUAGAUGAAAAACGUUGGUGGACAUCUGAAGACGGAGAUGACUUUGCAGGGUUGUGUGGUCGCUCCGCUCCACUAUACAAAGGUUAUUAUCCAGUAUGCGAUCCGGACGAUCCUGGUUACAGCUGUUGCGGACCGUCCGGAUAUUGUGGAUCCGGUGAUAAAUACUGUGAUUGUCCAACGUGCAAGGACUUUGGAAAUGAUCCAAAAAUAAUAUUGGACGAACCAAUCAAACCAACCGUUCCCGUAUCGUGGUAUUUCCUGGACGCGAAAGAAGGCCUGCGCGGAAGGUGUGGUCGAAAGAUACCAAAAAUCAACGGUGUGUUUCCCACCUGCAAUCCAGACGACGAAAAUGCAUAUUGCUGUUCUAACGGAAACUAUUGCGGUAAGGGAGCUGAUUUCUGUGACUGUCAAGGGUGCGUGAAUUUCAAAAAGAAACCGUCGUACCGAUUUGGACCAAAGAAGUGGUGGACCCUGGAAGAUGGAGAAAAGAGAGCUGGCACGUGUGGUCCGAAAGCGGACAAGGUUGAUGGCAAAUACGAGGCCGAGUGCGAACCCAACACUAAAUUCAGCUGUUGUAGUCCAAACGGGUACUGCGGUUCCGGAUCAGAUUAUUGCGAUUGCAAAGGCUGUAAACGAUUUUAAUAACAUCGUUUACAUAUUAUUAGUUAUUCCGUAGAUUCCAAAAUAGUGAUUUUGUUAAACAUUAAUUAUUGUUAGGUAAGCACCUAUUCACUCAUAAUUCUGAUUUUUUUUUUAAAUUAUUACCUACCUCUUUUUCUAACGAUUUCAAGUAGCCAUGUACGCAAAUGUAUUAUAAUUUAUAAUAAUUUAUUAAUCGAUACAAUUUUACUGUAAUAUUAAGUACUAAUAAUAAUUUAUGUGGCCGUACCUU